AUGUUGAAAGCACGCAUUAAGCUGUUUAGCAUAGCAGAUAAAGCCAAAGAGAUAGCUCGCUUUUUGUACAUUGAGCAGGGAAAAGUAAACUACGUCCGGGACAUUGCGGAGGAGGUUGAGCGGAUCUUUUUCCGGGAUCUCUCCAUAAACCAGCACGUCGUCAAGGUGGCCGACCCAGACGGGUAUGCCAUAAGCGGGUGGCUGCAGGCCAAAGAGGCUGUGGGCGGAAAGCUAAACAUAUACGUGUGUGGGGGGAGCUGCGAAAAGUGCAAAAAGAGCGAGGUGGUGGAAUACACCUACAACACAGAGGAAGAAAGCAUGGACCUCCAAAUAGAAGUGGAGGUUCCCAAGAAGGCGCAGCCCAAGACAAAGCCCCUCCUGGUGCCGAAGAAUUCCCGGGGCGCGACUGCUGCAAAACUCCAGAGACAAAAAGAAAACGCGCGUUCCCCUGCAAAGAAAGAUGUGCGCUUAGAAUCCCCCGAGGGACAAGGAUCUGAAAGAGCGGAGUCUGAGGCGAAUUCCAGGUCUGAGGAGAUGUCGGAGUCGGACGCGAAAACAGAGUCCGUGCAAGAGCUGAUUUCUAGCUCGGCGGACGAGUACUCCGACAGCAGCGCCGGAAGAAAGUACGUUCUCAAACGAGCCAUGUCUGUCCAGCCAGUUCGAAAAAUGCAGAUGCCAAGCAGCAGAUAUGCAAAGAGAAAAUAG